GUUGUGGUUGAGUAUGAGUAUGAUGCCCUCCAUGAAGAUGAGCUGACCCUGAGGCUGGGAGACGUGAUCAGGAACGUCCGCAGGAUUGAGGAGGAGGGAUGGAUGGAGGGAGACCUCAACGGGAAGAGAGGACUCUUCCCUGACAACUUCGUCAAGGAGGUAAAGGAGCCCAAGGAGGUGAACGUGACAAAGGAGGAGGCCGAGGAGGAGCUGCCCCAGCGGAGAGAGAAGAGUGCAGGGAACGUGGCCAACCUGGUCCAGAGGAUGAGCACCUACGGAUUCCCAGCUGGGGGCUUCCAGCCACACUCACAGCCCCGUGGACUCAAGAAGAUGUCUAAGAAGCGGCAGUGCAAGGCGCUGUUUGAUUACGUGCCCCAGAACGAGGAUGAGCUCGAGCUGAAGAUAGGGGAUACCAUCGACAUCAAUGAGGAGGUAGAGGAAGGCUGGUGGAGUGGAACCAUGAACGGCAAAUCAGGACUGUUCCCCUCCAACUUCGUCAAAGAGAUUGAGACAAACGAAGAUGAAGAAACGAACGACGUAACAGAUGAAACUGACGGUAGCGGUAAAGAAGCUCUGCUUCUCCCCACCCCCACCUCCCCCAUCCACCCCUCUCCAGGCAACGGAGUGAUCGCCCAGCCCAAGAAGAUCCGGGGGGUGGGCUUCGGGGACAUCUUCAGGGAAGGCUCAGUCAAGCUGAAGGUCCGCCUGCCCAACUCAGAGGGAGAAGAGAAGAAAGACAAACCAAUCCCAUCAUUACCAUCUGCCGCAAAGCCCGCCCAUUCCAACACGACAGAUUCACUGAAAGCAGAGGGGGACAGCAAAGCAAAAGUAAAAGAAUACUGCAAAGCCACCUUUGCUUUUGAGUCCACAAACGAAGACGAGCUGACACUGAAAGAUGGUGACGUCAUACAGAUAUUGAGUAAGGACACGGGGGAGCCGGGGUGGUGGCGAGGGGAGAUCAGAGGUAAAGAGGGCGUCUUUCCUGACAACUUUGUGGCUGUUAUGUUAGAUGAAGACAAAGAGCCAGCUCCCACAUCAAGAGGAUCAGUCAAACUGUCUCCCAAGCAGGAAGCAGAAGAGAUACUCAAGAAGCUGCCGCCACCAUCAAAAAGCAUAGGUCGAAAACCCGAGGUCCCGAGCGCCGACAAGAAGCCCCAGCAUCCCCAUCCUGAGGAUAGAGGUGACAAGACAGAUCACAAAGUGUCAAAGCCUACUGCCCCUCUGGUCCCCCCCAAGAAGCCCAUACCCCCGCCAAGCAAGGGAAGACCAGGCAGCCUCCCUCCAAAACGACCAGACAAGCCUCUCGCACCCUCCCCAGGGUCCAAGCACAAUGGAGAGGUGCCUUCCACGCGACCAAAGUCUGACAUUGAGACAACAUUACCCAGCAAAUCAAAAACGCUGUCCGGUGACUGGGGGGACAAAGCCCUUGACAUGGAACUGAUGAGCUUUGAUCUGUCGUCUACCUCUGAGAAGCUGUCUCACCCUACCGCUAACAGGCCAAAGAUGCCAGGCAGGAGGCUGCCCGCUCAGUUUGGAGGAGGCCACUCGCCAAACAAGGACAUCAGCGUGGAGAAAACCUUAAAGUUGGACGAGGAGGAAGCCCCCAAACCAAAGUUGAUAGACACGAGAAAGCCUUCCAUGCACAGCUCACACUCCCAGUCUCCCGUCCUUAAGCUCAGCCCAUCCCUGUCGGAGGGGCCAAAAGCCUACCUGGCGUCGGUCCCUGGCCGCAGAAGCCCCAGCCCUAGCUUCAGCCGAAACCACAGCCCAGGCCCCGGCACAGAGCCCAAGCCCAGGCCAGAGCCAGAGGAGCAGAGGUCUGAGCUGGAGGACCUCCAAUCCCAGAUGAAAGAACUGCUGCUGUCUGUGGAGCUCCUCAAGACCCAGCAAAUGAGAGAGAUGGCAGAGCUGAGAAGCGAGCUGGACGAGGAGAAGUUGAAACGAGUGGCUCUGCAGAUGGAGAUAGAGAAAUUAAAGAAGACCGUUCAGUCGACGUGAAGUCUGACCCAAUCAGCCUGGAACAUCAGUCCCCUAUCUGUCUGUCACUGACCCCGCUGGGCAGAGACUCAGGAGGGGGGGCGAUGGCAUUCCUAUAAUCCUUUUAGUUAUCAAACUAUUCCACAUUUGUAAGAUUUACAUUUUUGCACAUGAAGGUUUUCUAGUUAUAUAAAGGUGUAAUUAAAUACAGAUGUAUAUGUUUUUUUGUUACGUUUUAGUUUCUGUUUUGCCAACACAAAUGAUUGAGGCCUUACUACUGUGCUGGACUGGCAUUCUCUAUGGGAAUGUGUGAGGAUUGCUCUCAAUACUACUACUGAUGCUGUAUGAAGCAAUAGUUUCUUUUAGCGUUUGUUUUCUUAUUUUUUACGACUUCCAAGUAGUUGAUUUUAAGUAUCCAUGUUAGCGUCUUUAGAUCAUAAUGAAUGAUAUUGUGAUUUGUCUGUUGCUAUGGCGGUGUUGUACUCCAUUGCUUUGGCAGUAGGGAGAUUUCUUUUUUUUUUUUACAUUCCUAUCCAGGGUAUCACUAUUGUGCCUGUUAAAAAAAUCUUAGUGUUAAUAUUGGUAGCUUACAUUUAUCAAACGGUUUAGGCUUGCUGCAUGAUAUAUUUUUUGAAGUCUACUGACGAUGUGCUUACACAGAGGGCCGUUUUUCUCUUCUUGUACAAUUUAUGUGAAAAGGUUCUCUCAGAAAGAGCAAUUAGAGUCAUUGUACAGGUGUAUAAUAUAGAUCCUAUAUUUAGUACCAUCAAAUACAGCCAAUAAUAGCCAUACUUGAAAAGAGCACCAGUAAUUUACGGGCUAAAAUUCCAUUUUAUUUCAUGCCACUGUAAAAGUUGUGGCUUACUCAUUGAUUGUUGUUCUCCUGUACGCCAAAUGCUCUGACCCCUCUUUUAUGAACCAUAUGCAGCUCCUCUCCAACUAUUUCUCUGUAAAGGAAAGCCAUGUGUACUUUAAAGAGUGAGCAAUCUCUUUCCAUCCUCCCAGAUGUGACCUGAAGUCCUGUAUAGCAGUGACCUUUUGUGUGUCUGUUUCCAUGUUGUCCUGAAUGUGUCACAUGUCUUUAUGCUUUGACCAAGUACAAACAUGGAGCGCGGAGGCUAACUGGACAGUACACAGUAUCUCUGCCAUUUCUCAGUACUGUAAGUGAGAGGCUGAAUGGAAAUGCAUUAAGGAAGAGAUCUACUUCAUACAGAACGGUUAAGCUCUGCACCGUACUUAUGCACCGCCAACACCACUGUUUGUCAUUGAAACAUCUGUUGUGACUGUCUGUUGAAUGGUAUUGGAGGACUCCGAGACCCUGCUAGAGUUUGAGUUGAAAGCCUUAAAGAUGGACGCCACAUUAGCGUGAGCAGGGUGAACUCAUGGAAGGAGUUCACACAAGGUGUUUUUGAUGGUAUGCAUUCUGUGUACCGCGCAGACAAAUCAUGAAAGAAAUCGCCUUUGAUAAAAAGCAUUGGUUGCAGUUUAUGCAGCAAUUUGAUGAUUCUUAACGUGUUACUUAACCAUGAUGAUCAGAAGGAUAUUUGCCUCGACUCCAGAUCCUCCUGAACACUAUGGAUGGUCUUCUGUCUGCAUCCUUCUGCAUAUUAUUUUUUUAGCAGGUGAAUUAUUGCUUUACAUUUUAAAUAUAUAGUACCCGUCAAAAGUUUGGACACACCUACUCAUUCCAGGGUUUUUCUUAAUUUUUACUUUUUCUACAUUGUAGAAUAAUAGUGAAGA